AUGCAGAGGUCUCUGACCAGCACAAAGCCAACAGUCAACGAUCUGGACAAACUGAAAAAAUUCACAGACGACUUUGGACAGGAAGAUGAAGCACAUGGUAAUAAAGUUAAACAUAGCAUCCGGGCGAAGUGUGCUGAAUUCUUGGACAGAGCCGAGAAGUUGAAGGAGUAUCUAAACAAGAAAGAGAAAGCUCCUCCUGCUAAGCCUGUCAAAGAGUCACAGUCCGAUGACAAAGGUGAUGAAGGUGAUGAUCCUGAGAAAAAGAAGUUCCAAAAUCAGCUCUCGGGUGCAAUUGUUAUGGAGAAACCAAACAUCCAAUGGAGUGACGUCGCUGGUUUAGAAGGAGCCAAGGAGGCACUGAAAGAAGCCAUUAUUCUUCCAAUCAAAUUCCCAUACCUUUUCACUGGAAAGAGAACUCCAUGGAGAGGGAUCUUGCUCUUUGGACCUCCAGGCACAGGCAAGUCCUAUCUGGCUAAAGCUGUUGCCACGGUGGCAAACAACUCAACGUUCUUCUCCAUCUCCUCGUCUGACCUCGUCUCUAAAUGGCUCGGAGAGAGUGAAAAAUUGGUGAAGAAUCUUUUUACCCUUGCGAGGGAACACAAGCCUUCCAUCAUCUUCAUCGAUGAGAUUGACUCGCUGUGUGGAUCAAGAAGCGAGAACGAGAGUGAGGCCGCUCGGCGUAUUAAGACAGAAUUCCUGGUUCAGAUGCAGGGUGUGGGGAAUAACAAUGACGGAGUGCUGGUACUCGGGGCAACAAACAUCCCGUGGACCCUAGACUCAGCCAUCAGAAGAAGAUUUGAGAAAAGGAUCUACAUCCCGCUGCCUGAAAAGCACGCCCGCUCUUUCAUGUUCAAGCUCCACCUGGGAUCGACUCCCAGCAGCCUCAGUGAUUCUGACUUUGUCACUCUGGGCAAGAAGACAGACGGAUACUCUGGAGCAGACAUAAGUGUCAUCGUCAGAGAUGCUCUAAUGCAGCCAGUUCGAAAGGUCCAGUCAGCAACCCACUUCAAACGGGUACGAGGCCCAUCCAGGACAGACCCCAACGCUAUUGUGGACAACCUCUUGACUCCUUGUUCAUCUGGUGAUCGCAACGCAAUUGAAAUGUCGUGGAUGGAUGUCCCCGGGGAGAAGCUAUUGGAACCUACAGUAUGCAUGUCUGACAUGCAGAGGUCUCUGACCAGCACAAAGCCAACAGUCAACGAUCAAGAUCUGGACAAACUGAAAAAAUUCACAGACAACUUUGGACAGGAAGGCUAGGAGUGAUAA